AUAUCAUGAGAGCAGUGUGACGCCCACCUUUCAAGAACACGGAGUCGGAUUUAUACUUGCCUGAGAUCGCACUCUGUUUUCCUUCUUCUUCUUCCAAGAUCAUAGAUCAAAAUCGAAGUUCUUCUCACUGUUCUUCAUGGAUAAAGAAGCCCAAUGUUGCUCGACCCACCUCAUAGAGGGGGAUGGUACUUUCAAUGCGGUUGGACUUGAUAAUUUUAUCAAACAAGUCAAACUGGCGGAAUGUGGACUUUCUUAUGCCGUUGUUGCUAUCAUGGGUCCGCAGAGCAGCGGAAAGAGCACACUUUUAAACCAUCUUUUCAAUACCAACUUCAGGGAAAUGGAUGCUUACAGGGGAAGGUCCCAGACUACGAAAGGUAUUUGGAUAGCAAGAUGUGCUGGUAUUGAACCUUGUACUAUUGUAAUGGAUCUUGAGGGAACAGAUGGAAGAGAGCGAGGAGAGGAUGAUACCGCAUUUGAAAAACAGAGUGCACUUUUUGCGCUUGCCGUUUCAGAUAUCGUGCUUAUAAACAUGUGGUGCCACGAUAUUGGGCGUGAGCAGGCUGCAAAUAAACCUCUGCUGAAAACCGUAUUUCAGGUUAUGUUGCGGUUAUUUAGCCCUCGUAAAACAACUUUAAUGUUCGUUAUACGUGAUAAAACGAGGACACCUCUCGAAAAUCUUGAGCCUGUCUUGAGGGAAGAUAUCCAAAAGAUAUGGGAUUCCGUUCCCAAGCCGGAAGCCCACAAACGAACCCCCCUGAGUGACUUUUUUAAUGUUCAAGUUGUUGCGCUUUCUAGCUAUGAAGAGAAGGAAGAACAAUUUAAAGAGCAGGUGGCUAGUUUGCGGCAGAAAUUUUUCCAUUCCAUUGCACCUGGUGGUCUAGCGGGUGAUAGGCGAGGAGUUGUUCCGGCUUCGGGUUUUUCCUUCAGUGCACAACAGAUAUGGAAAGUUAUCAAGGAGAACAAAGACCUUGAUUUGCCUGCUCACAAGGUGAUGGUGGCAACCGUACGAUGUGAAGAAAUUGCUAACGAGAAAUACUCUUCCUUUGUUGCAAAUGAGGACUGGCUCGAAUUAGAAGAGGCCGUACAAUCUCAACUCGUACCAGGGUUUGGAAGGAAGCUUAGUUCACUGCUUUCCAAUUGUUUAUUCAGUUAUGACGAAGAGGCUACUUACUUUGAAGAUAGUGUUAGAUCCACAAAAAGAAAGCAGUUGGAAGAGAAAUUGCUGCAACUUGUUCAACCGGCCUACCAAUUGAUGUUGGAACACAUUCGAUCGGGGACACUGGAUUACUUCAAGAAAGCACUUAACGAUUCUUUGAAUGGAGGACAAGGGUUUGCAGCGGCUGCUCGUGAUUGCACUACAAAAUCCACGAGACUGUUUGAUGAACAAUGUAAAGAUGCCAUCAUCAAGCAAGCGAAUUGGGAUUCGGCUAAAGCAAGGGAUAAGUUUUCACGCGAUUUAGAGUCGCAUAUUGCUGAAGUUCGAACUGCCAAACUGUCCGAACUUACUGCACUGUAUGAGUCGAAAUUAAAAAAUGCAUUAUAUAGUUCGGUGGAAGCUCUUCUAGAAGGAGGUAGUGAUGAUACUUGGCCCGCAAUAAGGAAACUUCUUAAUCAUGAAACCGAAACAGCCAUCUCCGAAUUCUCUGUUGCACUUUCUGGCUUUGAGAUGGACGAAGAAGACGAGGAAGACAUGAUUUCAAAAUUGAGGAAUUAUGCAAGAGGAGUCGUCGAAGCGAAAACAAGAGAAGAAGCCGGAAGAGUUUUGUACCGCAUGAAGGAGAGAUUUACAUCCAUAUUCAACCAUGAUAACGAUUCCAUGCCACGAGUCUGGACGGGAAAGGAAGAUAUUCGAGCAAUAACUAAAACUGCCCGGUCUUCAUCUCUAAAAUUGCUAUCCGUUUUGGCUGCCAUUCGUUUGGAUGAAGACACUGAUACGAUUGGGGAUACAUUAGUCCUCGCAUUAGUGGAUCCAAAGAAAGGUACUAGUAAGAGUACCGCUUUGCAAGAUCCAUUGGCCUCGAGCACAUGGGAAGAGGUUCCGGCUACAAAGACACUCAUAACUCCUGUUCAGUGUAAAUCGUUGUGGAACCAGUUUCAAAGAGAAACCGAGUAUACCAUCACCCAAGCUAUUGCUUCCCAGGAAGCUAACAAGCGCAAUAACAACUGGUUACCACCUCCAUGGGCAAUUGCGGCCAUGGUGGUUCUUGGAUUCAAUGAGUUCAUGACUCUUUUGAGGAAUCCUUUAUGGCUACUUGUUAUAUUUGUGAGUUAUCUCCUUCUCAAAGCUUUGUGGGUUCAACUAGACAUAUCCGGUGAAUUCCGCAAUGGCGCGCUUCCGGGAAUUCUGUCGUUAUCCACCAAGUUUCUUCCCACAGUCACGAAUCUUCUUCGAAAACUGGCGGAGGAAGGGCAAAGGCCAACGACCACCGAUGCACACAGCAAUACCUCGAAUCCACCACAAGCAUCGAGGAUUAUACAAGGUGUUGUUGGGAGUAACAGCGGUUUCUCGUCAACUGCUUCAUCGGAGGUAACGAUGGAAAACGAAGUGGAAUACACUAGCCCUUCUAGACAUGAUAAAGAUCUGUGAUUAGUAAUAAUAACAUCCCUUCACUGUAUCUAUGCAAAACUUGUGUAUUUUGCCGGAAAAAAUGAAAAGUUGCCGGAAAUAUGGCCGGCUGCCGUUGAUCACUGAGAAUCCUAAAAAACCCUGUUGAUCGAUGUUAUAGUAUGAAAGGUUAGGAAAACGAGCGGGGGCAUUUUCGGAAUUGGAUUUUGAUUUUAGAGAGAGACCCGGAUCAAAUGGGAACUUGUGUUUUAGGUGUCGAUAGUUUGUUUUGUAUGAUAAUGUCGAUAACUGCUACUCGGUCUUCUACAUUGUGUUGGAUUUUGUCAUCCGAGAAGAAUAAUGUCGAUGUUCGCUUGUACGUACUCUUAAAGAUUGUCUAGAGAAUUACCCGUGUUCGUACUUUAUGCCGA